AUGAGGCUGCAUUGUGAGGUGGAGGUCCGUAGCUGCCACUUACCCGCCUUGGGCCUCAAGGCCCGAGGCAAGGGCGUGCGAGCGGUGGUGGGCCUGUGCCAGCCGCCGCGCAGGAGUGAGCUGCAGCCUGGGGGAAGUGCAGAGUCCGGCGGCGGGGCCUGCCUGCUUGUUUCCACCAUGAAGGACAGGCAGGGAACCCGCUACGAGCUAAGAGAGAACAUUGAACAGCUCUUCACCAAAUUUGUGGACGAGGGGAAAGCCACUGUCCGGUUAAAGCAGCCUUCUGUGGACAUCUGUCUGAGUAAGGCCAAUCCUGGCAGCUUAAAGACUUUCCUUUCAGCUUUGAGACUGGCUCAUAGAGGCUGUGACAUCGACACACAACUUUCAACACUCAAACCAGUGAAGACUUCAGAAUUUGAAAAAUUUAGAACCAAAAUGGUUAUCACAUCCAAAAAGGAUUAUCCUCUGAGCAAGAGCUUUCCGUACUCUCUGGAGCAUCUUCAGGCUUCUUACUGUAGGCUUGCCCGAGUUGAUAUGCGUAUGCUCUGCUUAAGAAACCUUAAGAAGUUAGACCUGAGUCACAAUUGUAUAAAAAAGCUUCCAGCUACAAUUGGAGACCUCACCCACCUUCAAGAGCUUAACCUCAAUGACAAUCACUUGGAGUCGUUCAGUGUGCCCUUGUGUCAUUCCACACUCCGGAAGUCACUUCAGAGUUUGGAUCUCAGCAAGAACAAAAUCAAGGCCCUCCCUGUGCAGUUUUGCCAGCUCCAGGAACUUACAAAUUUAAACCUUAAUGAUAAUGAGUUGAUUCAUUUUCCUUUCAAGAUAGGACGGCUAACAAACCUUCGUUUUCUGUCAGCAGCUCGGAACAAGCUUAGAAAUCUACCUUGUGAAUUUAAAAUGUUAUCCCUGGAGUACUUGGAUCUUUUUGGAAAUACUUUUGAAAAACCAGAAAUCCUUCCAAUUAUAAAGCUUCAAGUACCAUUAACUUUACUAGAAUCUUCUGCACAAACCGUACUAUCUAAAAGGAUUCCAUUUGGCCCUCAUAUCAUUCCUUUCCAUCUUUGCCAAGAUUUGGAUACUGCCAAAACCUGUGUCUGUGGAAGAUUUUGUCUACAGUCAUUCAUUCAAGGAACUACUACAAUUAAUCUACACUCUAUUGCCCACACUGUGGUCUUAGUAAAUAAUAACAUGGAUAGAAUGGAAGCUCCUAUUAUCUCUUACUUUUGUUCUCUAACCUGUUAUGUAAAUUCCUCUGAUAUGUUAAAAUAAUUACUGGUAUAACAAAGUUCUUUAGAUGUAGAUUAGCUGAAUAUUUAUUUGUGCUUUAACAGUAACAUAGUGGAGAAAGGGAAGCUUUGUGUAUAUUUGUAUGGGAAGAAAAUGUAUAUUAUGUUAGCCCUUUCAACCAUUUGACUCUGGGAUUUUAAUUAAAGCUGAAUUUAACUUUGGCAGUGGAUCAAUGGCUCAGCAGUAAAGAGCAUUAGCUUCUGUUCCCAGCACCCACAUUACGCAUCACAACUAUUUGUACUCCAGAUCCAGGGAAUCCAGUGCACUCUCCUCAUCACCAAGGACACCAGACAUGUAUGUGGGAUAGAUACAUAUGUUCAGUCAAAAUACUAAAUAAAUCUUUAGUUUUAUUGUGAAGUUAGCAUAUUCAU